AUGCUUCUAAAUAUGUUCUUCUCUCAGGACAAUCACAUCAAAACCUCGAAGUACAACAUCUUCACCUUCCUGCCCGUCAACUUGUUUGAACAGUUUCAAAGGGUGGCAAAUGCAUACUUUGUAGUAUUGUUGAUCCUUCAGCUAAUUCCAGAGAUCUCCUCCCUGUCCUGGUUCACAACCAUCGUGCCUUUGGUUUUGGUGCUGGUAAUCACUGCUGUCAAGGAUGCCACAGAUGACUAUUUCAGACACAAGAGUGACCAGCAAGUCAAUAACCGCCGGUCUCAGGUUCUCCUCAGGGGAAGUUUGCAGAAUGAGAAAUGGAUGAACGUUCGCGUGGGAGAUAUCAUUAAACUUGAAAAUAAUCAGUUUGUGGCUAAUGUUUCAUAUGUGAUGUGCACACAGGCAGACAUCCUCCUCCUCUGCAGCAGUGAGCCGUACGGGCUGUGCUAUAUCGAGACUGCAGAGCUGGAUGGCGAGACAAAUCUAAAAGUCCGUCAGGCUUUAAGUGUCACCUCAGAUUUGGGAGAUGUUUCAAAACUAGCGGACUUUGAUGGAAAAGUGAUUUGUGAACCACCAAACAACAAGUUGGAUAAAUUUACAGGAACGCUAUACUGGAGAGACAAUAAAUACUCACUGGAUAAUGAAAAAAUGCUUUUGCGAGGGUGUGUUCUCAGGAACACUGAGUGGUGCUUUGGAAUGGUCAUCUUUGCUGGACUGCAAACCAAACUGAUGCAGAACUGUGGGAAGUCUAAAUUUAAAAGGACUAGUAUUGAUAAACUCAUGAACACACUGGUUUUGUGGAUCUUUGCUUUCCUCGUAUGUAUGGGAGUUAUUUUGGCGAUUGGAAACACUGUCUGGGAGACUUGGGUUGGCAAAAAGUUUGAAGUGUUCUUGCCCUGGAAUGAGUUUCAGAGCAGUGCUGUUUUGUCUGGCUUCCUCACUUUCUGGUCCUACAUCAUCAUCCUCAACACAGUAGUGCCCAUCUCACUGUAUGUCAGUGUGGAGUUUCUGCGUCUUGGUCACAGUUUCUUCAUUAACUGGGACCAGAAGAUGUACCACGGUCCGACGGACACUCCCGCCGAAACCCGCACCACCACCCUGAAUGAGGAGCUCGGUCAGGUGGAGUUCAUCUUCUCCGACAAGACCGGCACCCUCACCCAGAACAUCAUGGCCUUCAGCAAGUGUUCCAUUAACGGGCAAACAUAUGGUGAUGUCUAUGAUGAAUUUGACCAGAAAGUAGAUAUUACAGAGAAAACAGCAUGCGUGGACUUCUCGUUCAACCCUCUCAGUGACAGAACUUUUAAGUUUUACGACGGGAGCCUGGUCGAAGCCAUUAAGCUAGAGGUUCCUGCCGUGCAGGAGUUCUUCAGGCUACUGGCUUUGUGCCACACUGUCAUGCCAGAGGAAAAGAGUGAGGGGAAUUUGGUGUACCUGGCUCAGUCUCCUGAUGAGGGGGCACUGGUCACCGCCGCGCGAAACUUCGGGUUUGUCUUCCGGGCCCGAACCCCAGAAACCGUCACGCUGUGGGAGAUGGGAAGAGCUGUCACCUACCAGCUGCUGGCCAUUCUGGACUUCAACAACGUGCGCAAGAGAAUGAGUGUCAUUGUAAGAAAUCCACAGGGCCAGAUCAAACUGUACUGCAAAGGAGCAGACACAAUUAUAUUUGACCGUCUGGAUCCAUCCAAUGAAGACCUCAUGAACACUACCUCAGAACACCUAAAUGAGUUUGCAGGAGAAGGGCUCCGAACACUCGCUCUGGCCUACAAAGACCUUGAUGUAGACUAUUUUGAAGUCUGGAUGAAGAAGCUUUUGUUUGUGAGCACUGUGAUCGAUAACCGUGAAGAUCAGCUGGCUCUUCUGUACGAGGAGAUUGAGCAGGGAAUGAAGCUUCUAGGAGCCACAGCAAUUGAGGACAAACUUCAGGAGGGAGUACCAGAAACAAUCGCCCGUCUGAAUUUAGCAGACAUCAAGAUCUGGGUCCUAACAGGGGACAAACUAGAGACAGCAAUGAACAUCGGGUACUCCUGCAACAUGCUGCGAGAUGACAUGAAUGAGGUGUUCGUUGUCUCUGGCCACACCAUGCUGAACGUGCAGCAGCAGCUCAGGAGCGCCAAGGAGCUCAUCCUUGGCCUUAGUCGAGUUAGCAGCGCAGGGGAAGUGAAUAAGACUGAAAUGGUUGCAGAUGAUUCAGUGUUUGAGGAAACCAUUGUUGCAGAGUAUGCCUUGGUCAUCAAUGGACACAGUCUGGCUCAUGCUCUGGAGCCCCAGCUGGAGCACUUGUUGCUGGAUCUGGCCUGUUUGUGUAAAACAGUCAUCUGCUGUCGGGUGACUCCGAUGCAAAAAGCUCAGGUGGUGGAGCUGGUGAGGACGCACAAGAGGGCUGUCACCCUGGCUGUCGGAGACGGGGCCAAUGAUGUCAGCAUGAUAAAGACUGCUCAUAUUGGUGUUGGAAUAAGUGGACAAGAGGGGAUGCAGGCUGUUCUAGCUUCAGAUUACUCUUUUGCUCAGUUCCGCCACCUGCAGAGGCUCCUGCUGGUGCAUGGACGCUGGUCUUACUUCCGGAUGUGUAAUUUCUUGGCCUACUUUUUCUACAAGAACUUUGCCUUCACCCUUGUUCACUUCUGGUACGGCUUCUUUUGUGGUUUCUCAGCACAGACUGUGUAUGACCAGUGGUUCAUAACCCUCUUCAAUAUUAUUUAUACAUCUUUACCAGUUCUGGCAAUGGGACUUUUUGAUCAGGACGUCAAUGACCAGAACAGCCUUCGCUAUCCAGGCUUGUACAAACCGGGCCAACAGAACCUUCUCUUCAACAAACGGCAGUUUUUCUUGUGCGCACUGCAGGGAAUGACUACAUCAUUCUUGCUCUUUUUCAUUCCCUAUGGUGCCUUCUCUGUUAUGGAGAAAGAGGACGGCUCCCACUUUUCUGACCAACAAGCAUUUGCUGUCACCAUAGCAACCUCCUUGGUUAUUGUUGUGAGUAUUCAGAUUGGACUUGAUACACACUACUGGACGGCUGUCAAUCAUCUCUUUGUCUGGGGGAGUCUGAUUGUGUACUUUGCCAUACUGUUUGGGAUGCAAAGUGAUGGCUUAUUUGGCCUUUUUCCAAGUCAUUUCCCAUUUAUCGGCACGGCCCGUAACUGCCUCUCAGAGAAAAGUGUAUGGUUGGUCAUUCUUCUCACCACUGUGGUGUGUGUUAUGCCAGGUUUAGUCAUAAGCCUUUUGAGAGUGGAUCUCUUCCCAACUCUAACAGACAAGGUCCGUUGUCUCCAGCAGUCCAGGAAGAAGCAAGGACCUCAGGGGCAGAAUCUGAGGCGAGUGCGCCGGACCAGCUCUCGCCGCUCUGCCUAUGCCUUCUCCCACCAACAGGGCUACGGAGAGCUGAUUACCUCGGGCAAAAACAUGAGGAUGAGCACAGUAUCUUCUGCUUGCUCCCCUGAAAGAACAGCGCAUGGCUCCAACUGGAUAGAAAAUAUGUUAAAGAGAAAGAACGAAGUGUCUUGCGUGUCCCAGGAAAUAGCAGGUGCACCCGGAAGCCUCUCCAGAACAAUAGAGACCGUCAACUCUUGA